GCAUGGUCCACGGUACAUGAGUUCACUCUGCCAACGGCAGCAGCCGAAAUCAAAGCACCGGAGGUGGGCGCACCAGGAGAGGAGACCUCUUCCCUCACCAUUCUUACGCUGUGUGAACGCUCAAAGCUUCCUCUGAAUUUAAAUCCUGUUAUCAUUGUCAUAAGAAGCGAGAGACAGCAGCAGCAUCAUCUCCAGCAGCAGCAGCAGCAGUUCUUACAGACCCAGACCCGUGGGCGGCUGGGUGGCGUCUGGACGAGCAUUUGGCUCCACACUGCUCCAUCUCAACAACACCUCAAAUCCUCAAGAUACGGCGAUGAGACAUGAGAUGUAGCGGAUGGGAGGCCAUUCAUGUGGAUCUGGACUUCAGCUGAUACGGAUAGAAUAUCUUCAUCACCUCCACCACCAUCCUCCUCCUCCUCUUCCUCCACCUCCUCCUCCUCCUCAUCGUCUAACCAGUUGAUAUUUUUUGAUGCAACUGUCUGAAAAGUGUGGAGCACAUUGACGCACGGGUGAAGUCCAGCACAGAGACUGAAUGAGUCCAUCUUUGGCGGUCGGACGGACUCCUCGGGCGCACAGGACGGAUGCGAACGGACUAAACACAUCUUGGCAAUUCGCAGCACCCUCAGCGUCUCCGCCAGAUCCGGUGGUGUAACGGAGCGGGGGUGAAUCUCACAGCGGGGGAGCGGUCAGUUUCACAGGCAGGGAGAAGAUGCCAUUCCACCAUGUGCGGGCGGGCCUGCUCUAUCCAGACAACUACCUGAGCAGCUCCCUGACAGAGGGCAGUGAAGCCUUCCAGCUCAACAGCAUCUCCACGGAGGAGCUCGGAGAGAUCCGUGAGGCGUUUCGUAUCUUGGAUCGUGACGGGAAUGGUUUCAUCUCCAAGCAGGAGCUGGGCAUGGCCAUGCGCUCCCUGGGUUACAUGCCCAGCGAAGUGGAGCUGGCCAUUAUCAUGCAGAGACUGGACAUGGACGGGGACGGCCAGGUGGACUUUGAGGAGUUCAUGACGAUACUUGGGCCCAAACUGCUGUCGUCCGACAACAGAGAAGGAUUCCUGGGCAACACUAUUGACAACAUCUUCUGGCAGUUUGACAUGCAGCAGCUGUCUCUGGAUGAGCUGAAGCAGGUGCUGUUCCACGCCUUCCGGGACCACCUGACAAUGAAGGACAUCGAGAACAUCAUCAUCACCGAGGAGGAGAGCCUCAACGAAGGCUCAGGGAACUGCCCCGAGUACGAGGGAGUUCAUCCUAAGAAGAAGAAUCGACAGACAUGCGUCAGGAAAAGUCUGAUCUGCGCCUUCGCCAUGGCUUUCAUCAUCAGUGUCAUGCUCAUCGCGGCCAAUCAGAUGCUGCGGAACGGCAUGGAAUAACCAAUUGCACUGUGAGCACGAGGAGUGGACAGGACAGCCACGACCUCACAUCUUGUCUUUGCAGCCAAAGCUGGACCAGCCACAACCCAAGCACUUCUCUUAACAAUCAGUUCAAGUUGUAUUCUUUCUCUUAAGUUUAGAUUGAACUUAAAAACGCAGACAACGUGAGUUAAAUGGAGAGAGAUGUAUUUGUUUUGCAUUGUGGAUUCUAUUCUGUUUUUGAAGAUCAAGACCGCUCUUUAAAACUUGAUUUUCUAAUCUGCGAGAAAAAAAAUGUGUAUCAGGUGCUUUGAGCCAUUACUGAUUUAAAAAGAGGAAAAACAACAGUUGUUAUUA